AUGGCGGCUCCUCCUUGCUGCCCAGACUGCAGCCGGCUGAUCCGAAUCUGCGUUCUCCUGGGGGUCCUGUGGGAAAUCCGGGCCGAACAGAUCCGCUACUCGGUGCCUGAGGAGCUGGAAAAAGGCUCCUUCGUGGGCAACAUCGCCAAGGACCUGGGGCUGGAGCCCCGCGAGCUGGGGGAGCGCGGAGUCCGCAUCAUCUCCAGAGGUAGGACGCAGCUCUUUGCGCUGAACGCGCGAAGCGGCAGCCUGGUCACCGCGGGCCGCAUAGACCGGGAGGAGCUCUGCGACCGAUCUCCAAAGUGUGUAGUAAACCUGGAGAUUCUCCUAGAGGACAAAGUGAAGGUUUUCGGAAUAGAAGUGGAAAUAAUCGAUGUUAAUGAUCACGCGCCCAACUUUGGGACAGAGCAAAGGGAAAUAAGAGUUGCUGAAAGUGAAGAUCCUGGGACAAGAUUUCCUCUUCCUGAAGCUUUUGAUCCGGAUAUAGGGCUAAACUCCCUGCAGGGGUACCAGCUCAGCUCAAAUGUUCACUUCUCCCUGGAUGUGCAAAGCGGAGCAGAUGGGACUAAGUACCCUGAGCUGGUGCUGGAGCGAGCUCUGGACCGCGAGAAAGAGGCAGUUCACCAUCUGGUUCUUACUGCCUUUGAUGGAGGUGACCAGAUUCGCUCCGGCAGUGCCACAAUUCAUGUCACAGUUGCAGAUAUUAACGACAAUGCCCCCGUGUUCACUCAGCCCGAGUACCAUGUGAGUGUGCGGGAGAACAUGCCUGUGGGCUCCAGGCUACUCACUGUAAAAGCCACUGAUCCAGACGAAGGAUCCAAUGGAGAAGUCAUGUAUUCGUUCCGCAAAGGAAGAGAUAAAAUAUCCCAGCUGUUCCAGUUGAAUUCUCUGACUGGGGACAUAACUAUCUUGGGGGAUUUGGAUUAUGAGGAGUCUGGAUUCUAUGAUAUAGAUGUCGAAGCCCACGAUGGGCCUGGUCUCCGAGCCAGAAGUAAGGUACUGGUGACAGUUCUGGAUGUAAACGACAAUGCUCCAGAAGUCACAGUUACCUCUCUCACCAGCUCUGUCCAAGAAACUUCUUCCCCAGGCACAGUCAUCGCACUUUUCAACGUGCAUGACAGUGAUUCAGGAGAGAAUGGCCUUGUCACAUGUUCUAUUCCAGAUAAUCUGCCAUUCACACUUGAAAAGACCUUUGGAAAUUAUCACCGGUUGUUGACACACAGGACUCUGGAUAGGGAAGAAGUCUCAGAAUAUAACAUCACCAUCACUGCCACCGACCACGGAACUCCACCAUUGGCUACAGACACACACAUCUCACUGAACGUGGCCGACAUCAAUGACAACCCGCCUACCUUCCCUCAUGCUUCCUACUCGGCCUACCUUCCAGAGAACAACCCCAGAGGAGCCUCCAUCUUCUCUGUGACCGCCCAGGACCCUGACAGUAGUGAGAACUCAAGGGUGACUUAUUCUCUGGCUGAAGAUACACUGCAGGGGGCGCCUCUCUCCUCCUAUGUCUCCAUCAACUCCGAUACAGGUGUAUUGUAUGCCCUGCGCUCCUUCGACUAUGAGCAGGUUAGAGACCUGCAGCUCCUGGUGAUAGCCAGUGACAGUGGGGACCCUCCACUCAGCAGCAACGUGUCUGUGAGCCUCUUCGUGCUGGACCAGAAUGACAACAUACCUGAGAUUCUGUACCCCGCCCUCCCCAUGGAUGGCUCCACGGGUGUAGAGCUGGCACCCCGCUCCGCAGAGCCCGGCUACCUGGUGACCAAGGUGGUGGCGGUGGACAGAGACUCGGGCCAGAACGCCUGGCUGUCCUACCGCCUGCUCAAGGCCAGCGAGCCCGGGCUCUUCGCGGUGGGGCUGCACACGGGCGAGGUGCGCACAGCGCGGGCCCUGCUGGACAGAGACGCCCUCAAGCAGAGCCUGGUGGUGGCGGUCCAGGACCACGGCCAGCCCCCCCUCUCGGCCACCGUCACGCUCACCGUGGCCGUGGCGGACAGCAUCCCCGACGUCCUGGCUGACCUGGGAAGCCUCAAGCCCUCAGCGGACCCCAACGACUCGGGCCUGACGCUGUACCUGGUGGUGGCGGUGGCGGCGGUCUCCUGCUGA